AGAGAUAUCAUUGUUGGUUGGUUGGAUUGUGGACAACCAGGACUAGAACGGACGACCUAGAGAAAGUUUCGGCCUGGAGUUGUGAAACCCGUGAGUUCCUCACCAGGCAGCAUACUCUGAAGCUCCUGAGCCAUCCUGAAUUGGUAGACUCUCAAGGCCCCAUCAUGGGCCAUGAUUUUGUUUGACGUCCUGCUUAGCUCUUGGUGAGAAUGCCUCCUCUUAAGAUUAUGCCAACCGCAAGGCCGUGACAUUGAGCCUUCUGCUUCACCAAUUGGAAGCCUUUUGUCUUGGCCAUCGCUCUCCUUACUACGUAUCACCUGAACCCUCAUUCUCCCAAACUACUUGUCACUGGUAUCGCCUUGCUUUCUGCGCGAAAUCCUGACUUCUGAGUCACCCUCGGCCCCUCUCUAACACCACCAACGCAAUGGAGCACGCAUUGGGUUCACAGAACCGGCCUCCACCGUCUCCAACAGCUUGCCAAAAAAUCAUGCCUCAUGGUAAAGUUGGCAAGCGCGCGGGUUUCAGAAGCCGCCAGCAGGAGAAGUGGACACACGGGAACAGAGGCUCGCCGGAACCCGGCGCUGUGGUUCAACCCCCCACGAGUCGUUCAGCUGACAGUUGAUUGGGCCACGACGCGCUGCGGCGCUUUGGCUACCCAACAAGUACAAACAGUGAUUUUGUACCUUGG